GCAAGGUGGUGGUGCGCCGUUGGUACGCUAUCCACCCCGACUUUUUAAAUCUCCCUUGCCUUGUUAUUAUGUGCAGGCGCUUUUUUUUUUUAACAGAAGUGUACAACAUUAUCUCCCGCACAAGGAGCCCGACAGCUAGCUGAACUGUGAAAGAAAACUCGCAGCAAUACAUUUGCGAGGUUGCACGCACGCUAGCGGUGCGCAUUGUCUAGCACUGCACUGUAGAAGGCUGUGGGUUCAGUAGCCUACGCACUUGUUUAAGGGGGCCAGGCGCAACAGCAUGCCACACAGUCGCGGCUGAACUCCUGAAGUCAAGAGAGACUCAAAUUUCUCUGCACGUUCAGACUCGGUUAUUGUGAAGGCAACAUAGUGGGGUUUUAUUCUCGCACUGCUUGCUGCUUUUCCGGACCAUUCAUUUAUCAAUUUAACCAGCUUGAACAAUGGAGCUCUCCCUAAUGGCAGCGCAGCACUUCCCAGCCAUGAGUGGAGCCUUCAUGGACUCCCCAUACAACGGAAACACUUCCCUGCAAACCUCCGCCUCCAACCUCCACUGCAACACCCGUCCCCAGGAACCGGAAGAGGAGUCCAAGUUCUCCAGCGAGGCCAUCUGGCUGUGGAUCGCGAUCAUCGCCACCAUCGGGAACGUCGUGGUUGUGGCAGUGGUCUGUGUCUGUACCUUUUAAGAGCUCUUAGUCAAAGGCACGGUGGCCUCCUUAAUCCCAUCCUAGAUUAAUCUUAUUACCCUUAGAGCUAGACCACAGCAAACCCAGAAAUCUUGCCCCAGCAUUGCCAUGCUCCUUUGAAACUUUUCCAAACCACCCCUCCUUACAUGUUACUUUAUGGCACACUGCAUAAACAUUUGCAUUCCAUUUCAAUAGCCCCAAUGAUGACUCCUGAUUCAACCGGUUUAUGAUUUUUGUCCCAGUUGAGAUAGUCGUCCAUGAGGGAUCUUUCCUUGUUAAGCAAGGACUGUUCGCAUUAGAUUAAUCUGUUGUUGUGAAGUGUAAUGUGAAUGCUUCCUUGGAGUUUAUCAAACUAAACAGGGUGUAUUCAUAAGGACAGUAUGCCUUCCAUUUGUCUAAAUCAUGAAUACAAAAAAUGGGCCACUUUGCAUCAUUUUAACACAGUGGAUCACAAAUGAUUAAGAAGUCAUGGAUUGCCACUGGAAACAUUUCACCCCUGAGCAAAUGGAGUUAUCUGUUUCCAGCACCUCCACUGUGUCCCUCUCCAUCCUUAAUUCUAUCUUUACUAUGCUACGCUACAUGAUAAGAGCCCCUAUCAAUCAACGCAUACCAAUUCCAUUAUUCUGUAGACUUGAUAGACUGCAACUGCUUCCCUGUAGACAGGCGACUGAACUAAUACAUUGUGUAGUUUGUCAGAGUUUUAAAAUUUUGAAUACCCAAGCUAUGUCUUUGGCCAUGAUCACAUGUGAACACUAGACUACACAAAAUGUAGUUGGACAACUGGAUCCAGAAACAUCUUGUUCUUACAUUUGACUCCUGCUUGUACCACAGUUAUGUGGAAUGGCGGGGUCCACAGCAAUAAUGACGACAAGAACGAACGAGUGCUCUAUAGGGCCUUGUCAGACCACCUCAUUGAUAACCCUGUUUAAUUAGCAUGUUUCUUUACGAAGGCCAGAAUGUCGUUCCCUUCCCCAUUCCCUUCCUCUCUCUGUCAGUGUGAUCUCUUCUCCCGCAUAUCAGCAUCCGUGAAUCAGGGAGGGUGCACCACCUGGCAUGACCU